CGUCGCCGUUGGCGGGCGGAGGCGUGCGGAAGCCGGAACGGUCCUCCCGCGGCCGGGCUCGGGCCGCGGUCGCCGGCUGCUGACGUGGGCCGGCCGGGUGCGGGUCGCCGAGGGUGCGGGUCGCCGAGGGUGCGGGUCGCCAUGGCGGUGGACAUCACUCUGCUGUUCCGGGCCAGCGUCAAGACGGUGAAGACGCGCAACAAAGCGCUGGGAGUGGCGGUGGGCGGCGGGGUUGAUGGCAGCCGCGACGAGCUGUUCCGCCGGAGCCCCCGGCCCAAAGGCGACUUCUCCAGCCGGGCGCGAGAAGUGGUUGCCUGCUGCCUCUCCAGGCUCCGAAUGCACGGCUGUGCACGUGGCGAGUGCUGUCGCAGGACUUUGGAGCUGCGCUCCACUUGGCAUUCCACAGCUCAGGUUUUAUCCUGGAAGAACCCAAGCUUGGAGGCGCAGAGUGAAGAGUUUAAGAGCACGGGCUCUGGAGUCAGUUUUGGAGUAUGGACCUUCACUUUUCUCCUUGCCAGCUGUGUGACGUUGAUUUCACACAUCGGCAAACUGAGAGAUUUUCUUCUGGAACACAGGAAAGAUUAUAUUAAUGCUUAUAGCCAUAUCAUGUCUGAAUAUGGGAAGAUGACAGACACAGAACGAGAUCAGAUAGACCAGGACGCUCAGACAUUCAUGAGGACCUGCUCAGAAGCAAUUCAGCAACUAAGAGCACAAGCCCACAAGGAGAUCCAUUCCCAGCAAGUGAAGGAGCACAGGAGCGCUGUUUUGGAUUUCAUAGAAGAUUACUUAAAAAGAGUGUGUAAACUUUACUCAGAACAAAGAGCCAUCCGAGUUAAACGAGUGGUGGAUAAGAAAAGAUUAUCUAAGCUGGAACCAGAACCAAAUACAAAAACAAAAGAAUCCAUGUUUUCUGAGAAAGUUUCACAGAAUCCAAAAGACUCUGAAGAAAAGCCUAUCACUGAGGAAUAUCCAGAAAAGAUUCCAGCUGAAGCACAACCUGAAUUGCGAAGCUGGGGAGAUGGCAGAGGUGAAGACGAGUUAUCGCCGGAGGAAAUACAGAUGUUUGAACAGGAAAAUCAGCGCCUCAUCGGUGAAAUGAACAGCCUGUUUGACGAAGUGAGGCAAAUUGAAGGGAAAGUGGUUGAAAUUUCCAGACUCCAAGAGAUAUUCACAGAAAAGGUUUUACAACAGGAAGCUGAGAUUGACAGCAUUCACCAAUUAGUUGUAGGGGCAACUGAGAACAUAAAGGAGGGCAACGAAGACAUCAGAGAGGCCAUUAAAAACAACGCCGGCUUCCGAGUGUGGGUCCUCUUCUUCCUGGUGAUGUGCUCCUUCUCCUUGCUCUUCCUCGACUGGUACGACAGCUAGGCUGGGAUGUCGUGCCUGCUGGCCUCGGGCGGUGGGUGCGCUACAGGAACUUCCACCUGGUCACUUCUGGCCAACAGGGCGCUGCUGUGUGUCUCUAGCCCCAGAGUGUGGUUGUGACCAGAUUUUAUCACAGAGCCAUUUAGGGAGGGGGGCUGGGACAGACAUGUCCUGUCAUCAAAGGGAUGCCCCAACCUGUGCUUUGAAGACUAUUUAGUAGCUGAGAAAGAAAACACCGCGAACUGAAAGUACUCUGUGGCGGCAUUCCUGAGGCCAGAUGGAUGACACGGAGAGGCGCUCGUUGGUACCUGCACCUGAACGGGAGGCCGCCUCCCGCUCCGCCAGCUGUCCAGGGCCCACAGGAAGGCACCAGCCUUUCCCGCCUGGUGGCUUCAGGGAAGAGCCCUGGCUAAUAACGUCUCACAACAAACGAUCGCUUCUUUGUUUCCUGUGGCUUCUUGUCUGCCUGAGCCAAGUAGAAAAUAAAACUCACCUUUGCCUUGGUAAUCUACUAAA